AAUGGAAGUCGAAAACUCGAUUAAACGGCACUAUGAUUAAAAUGCAUGAAAUGCUAACCUUUUACCCGGAUGCGUUCUCUCCCAACCUCCAAACCGUUUAGAAACAAAUGUGAAGAAACGCUAAAUGUGCGAUAAUAUACUCUAUUUUUAUCACUAUACAGUGUGUGGGAAGUGCAAAAGCGUCUUGUUUAAUAGGCACCAAAAAUGCACAUGCGUCAAAGCUACGCCGUAGACGCUCUACACUCAGAAGGCGCGCGCCCGCCGACCCGACCGCGCGUAGACCCGCUACGAAUUUCCCCCUCACAACUUCGGAACUUUUAAUACUUUUCUAUCGUACUAUGUUUUGUGCUCCUUUUGAUUUGCCGAUGUUUGGUGUGCAUUGAAUACUGCUAGAGUAUUAAUUCCUAGUAUAUAAUGACUUGAAUUUAAAAUAAAUAAAUAAAUAUGGCGCCGUUACGAGUGUUGAGUGAUUUCGAUGACUUUCAGAACUUUUCUACACAACCGAGUGAGAGACAUCACUUGAGGCAUAGGAAUCAUUCGCGGGACCACUCGAGGAAUCAUUUUAUAGAUGUCGUAUCGAAUUCUAUAAUGGAAGUGAUGAACGCGAGGUUCGUGCCGGAGAACAGCGUUCUACCGGACAUGGAGCCUCUGGCUACCCAUAUGGAGGAUAGGCCUCUGAGGUUGAAUAUAACGUUGAAUAGAUCGGACUUUGACGUGAUGGACAACGAGUUUAUGUAUAGACACAGCGGGGCCAUGACUGCGGUGUAUUGCGUGGCGUACUUGCUGGUGUUCGUGGUCGGUUUGAUCGGCAACUGUUUUGUGAUCGCCGUGGUGUACCGCUCGCCGCGCAUGAGGACUGUCACCAACUUCUUCAUCGUCAACCUCGCCGUGGCAGAUAUACUGGUGAUAGUGUUCUGUCUGCCCGCCACUCUCAUGUCCAACAUAUUUGUCCCUUGGGUGCUCGGCUGGCUGAUGUGCAAGACGGUGCCCUACGUCCAGGGCCUGUCGGUCGCCGCAUCGGUCUACAGCCUGGUCGCCGUGUCGCUUGAUAGAUUUCUUGCUAUCUGGUGGCCGCUGAAGUGCCAGAUCACUAAGCGCCGCGCUCGCAUGAUGAUCGUCUUUAUCUGGAUCUUCGCCAUACUCGUCACCACCCCCUGGGUCUUCUUCUUCGAUCUCGUCGUCGUCUUCGAUGACAACCCUCACGUCCGCCUCUGUCUGGACGUGUGGCCGAACCCCAUCAGCGAAGUCGUGUACUUCGUUAUAGGCAACCUCAUAUUUUGUUACAUCCUGCCCAUGGUCCUCAUCACGAUGUGCUACAUACUGAUCUGGAUCAAGGUGUGGAGACGAGCCAUCCCCACCGACACGCAAGAUGCACAAAUGGAGAGGAUGCAACAAAAGUCAAAAGUGAAAGUUGUAAAAAUGCUCGUCGUAGUAGUCAUUCUCUUCGUAUUAUCAUGGUUCCCGCUUUACUUAAUUUUCGCGAGAAUAAAAUUAGGUGGGCCGAUACAGAAAUGGGAGGAGGAAAUGUUCCCUGUCGUGACGCCGCUAGCGCAGUGGCUCGGGUCGUCCAACUCCUGCAUCAAUCCAGUUCUGUACGCGUUCUUCAACAAGAAGUACAGAAAGGGAUUCGUCGCUAUCAUCAAGAGCAGGAAAUGCUGUGGAAGACUCCGCUACUACGAGACGAUCGCCCUGCAGUCCUCGAGCACGUCGACGCGUAAGUCGUGGCAUUACAACAACAACAACCACGCCUCCAUCACGCGGAGGUCGCCUCCAGUCGACAAGAACGCCGUGUCGUUCAUCUUCAACCACACUGGAGUUUAACUCUAGCGGUGACACGAUUGGAGCUCAACCGAGACCGCCAGGUCCAAAUCGUUUCCAGCCCGCGACGAGGAGACGUAUCAGCAUAUCGAGAAUUACAAAGAAUUUUGUGCUUGGAUUUUAAUUUCGUCAGUUUGAUGUUGUCCUGUGUUCAAACCGAGUUCGAGCUGUGUGACUAUCCAAUAAUCUUGUAGAAUUAAGUAAUUAAUAAUACGAAUCUGUAUGUAAUUAAGUUUUAUUAACAUAAAACAUGAUGUACUUUUUAUACGUAAAUGUUAAUGUAAUAUUUCUGAAGCAGAAAUAUGUAACUGUGGAGCGAAAACGCACAUGUCGCACAAAGAAUUUUGAAGUGAAGACGCCUUCACGUGUGUAGGUAGGUUCUUGAUUUACGUAGAUUUGCAGUUUUAGUAGCGGUCAUAUCAUAUUUACUACAUGAUUUGUUUGCUUAGACAACAAAUAGACAGGUCUGAAAAGAAAACAUCAGUACCAAAAACAGAUAACACUGUUGUAUAACAGGUAUGGGGCACAAACAUUGUAUAGACGAAAGGGGAGUCGUCGUUGCCAAGUGAUGACGCAGUAGCUUCGUUGUCAGAUGUCAAUACGCCGAUUGAUUCACUGCACCAGUAUUUAAAUAUUCAUUUAUUUUUUAUACCUAUACGUUAUUUAUAACUUUCAUUAAUUAUUUGCCAUUCCUUUCCGUUUUUCGCGUUUUGUAGAAAAAUGUCUGUACCUGUUACUCGUAAUUUUGUAUGACUAUCAAGUUGGAGUUAAUAUUUUGUAUAAUCCAUCAAAUAUUAUAAAUAUAGACGUUUUAAAUUAGUAAAACGUAAUGUAGGGUAGUCUUUUUAUAAAGUAUUGAAAAUAACUUUUAUUCGUUCAUCGUACCUAAUGGUAGUAAUUAAGGGAACCAUUUGUGACGUGUAAAUGAGUACAAAGUUUGGCUGACAAUUUGCAAUCUAACGGAAUAACGUAUUAAGUUUAUAUUUCACUGUUUUUAUUUUACCCCUGAAUCAUUCAUAAAUAUUAAUAAUAUUAUUAAAUUCCAUGUAAUUAUCACUGUUGACGAUAUUUGCAUAUCUUGUUACACCCUCACCCUCUUUUGUUGUUCAUUUUUAUCUCAAUCAAGAACAAAAUAUUUCUUCAGUAACUUAAACGUCUAUACAACACGUCCACGAAGAAAUCAAAUAGUUCCUUAGAUUGAAAAAAACAAAUAGUGACUUUAUUUUAAGUUAUGACUAUGAAUUACAAACAAUAAAUUACAUCCAUCACAUAUAAAAUCAAUAUUUAUUUUUACAAUUCCCUAAAUAAAUAGCAAAAUAAUUGUCAACAUUGUAUCUAGUAUUAUAUUAUUAUUAUUGUAAUAAUUAAAUUAGUUAAAAUUAAUUAGUAAAAAAUUGAGAGUUAAUAAGAAUGUAAUGAUGGUGACCGAUAGUUUAAUUUCAUAUUUUGUUAAAACUGAUAUCAAGUGAUAUAUAUAUUAGUAUUAAUUUUAGACACGUAUUACAACAUUACAAUGUUCAUUUCAUUACAAUAACUUUGGCACAUUGUAAUUAAUUAAUUAUUGUUUUGAAAAUUAUUAAAUUUUUUCUAACUUUCAUAAUUUUCGCCUGUCACUUGGAGACAGGACGAAUGGCCGCUUCGGAUGCACAAUGUUAAAUAAAUAUAAAUUUUAGAAUAAUAAAUAAUUAUAGCAAGAUAUGGUAAUCAAAAUAAUAUAUAUUUAAUAAAAAAAUAAUAUUAAGUGAAAAAAAAAUACAAAAUAUCUAUUUACACAUAUUUUUUCAUGUAUGGCAAUGUACUCGUAACAAGCUGUUUGAUAGGUAAAAUUAAGUUUCUUACAAUAAAAAUAAUAAUAAUUGAUCCAGUACCACUACAAAUACAGCACUUAAAUAUGUAAUAUUAAAAUAAAAAUUUUGUAUAAAAAAAGAAAUUUUAAAAAAGAAAUUGUAUUUUUCUACUAGGAAUGUUGCAUCGAUAGUAG